CGCAGUUCAGAUGUAAAUACCAGCGAUCAGACAGAUUCACUCAUUGGUUUCUGACGAUCCAAACUCAGUAAAAGAGAGAAUGUCUGGCCGCGGUAAGGGAGGGAAAGGACUCGGUAAAGGAGGCGCAAAGCGGCACCGGAAAGUUCUCCGUGAUAACAUCCAGGGGAUCACCAAGCCCGCUAUCCGCCGUCUGGCUCGCCGUGGUGGAGUGAAGCGGAUCUCCGGCCUGAUCUACGAGGAGACCCGUGGUGUGUUGAAGGUCUUCCUGGAGAACGUGAUCCGUGAUGCCGUCACCUACACCGAGCACGCCAAGAGAAAGACGGUGACCGCCAUGGAUGUGGUUUAUGCUCUCAAGAGGCAGGGACGCACUCUGUACGGCUUCGGAGGUUAGACACAUCCCGUCUGGUGCUGGACCCCAAAGGCCCUUUUCAGGGCCGCACAAACACUCCAUAAAGAGAUGAUUUCCUUCCAUGUAGUUUCUUACAGGGUUUCAGAUUGGUGUUUCUGCUGGGAAAGGGACUCGAGUCAAGCCACAAAUAAAAGUGAAUAAAAUGUUGUUAGUACCUGAAACAUAACAUGAGAUAAUUGUACUGUCAUGUGGUGGGCAACACUAUGUUCAGUG